AUGGUAGAGUGCAGCUUGGAUUUUUUUACGGCAAACGAUACAUAUUAUAAUUUUAGAAGGGAUGAUAAGGUUACUAAAAAAAUUUGUACCUUACUGCAAACUCAACAAAUGGUCUGGAGCCAGCAGCGUCCAGACCAUAAGAAUUCUAUAUUGGUAUUAGAUGGUUUAUUAACCAGUAGUUUUAGCUUGGGGAUGGAAUUUCCAUUGCAUGAUACAACUGUAGCAUGCAUAAAGAAGAAGUUGCAAAACUUUAAAGACCAAGACAAUUGUGCAAGGUUUCAGGAGCUUCUGGCUCUAAACUCUCAUACAGAAGAGCUAGAAGCUUUAUUUAAUCUAGAUGAUGAAGAAAAUAAGUUAAUAAAUUCUAUAAUAAAUUUGGAAAAUAAAUCAUUUACGAACGAUUAUAAUAAUGAUAACUUUGAAUUUGAUAAAAUGGCAGGAGAAAUAUGGAUAUAUCCAAAUAAUUUUCCUAUACGAGAUUAUCAAUAUAAUAUUGUCAAAAAAGCACUUUUCAACAACACUCUAGUUGCUCUGCCUACUGGUUUAGGAAAAACAUUCAUUGCAGCUGUUGUCAUGUUUAAUUAUUAUAGAUGGUUUCCAAGGGGGAAGAUUAUUUUCAUGGCCCCAACUAGACCUCUCGUUAAUCAACAAAUUGAAGCAUGUCAUAAGAUAAUGGCUACCCCAAUUAUUGACACAACUGAAAUGACAGGUAAAACAAAUCCUAUAAAGCGAAAAAAAUUAUGGGCACAAAAAAGGGUAAUCUUUCUUACACCACAGGUAUUAGCAAAUGACCUUAUAAAUCAAUUAUGUCCUGCUCAUUUGGUUAAAUGUUUAGUUGUUGAUGAAGCUCACAGAGCAUUGGGAAAUUAUGCUUACUGUCAAGUUAUCCAAGAAAUGCUUAAAGUUAAUCAGGAAUUUCGAAUUUUGGCGUUAACUGCAACCCCUGGACGAGAUAUAAAGACUAUAGAAUCGGUUCUUAGCAACCUCUUGAUAUCUCACUUAGAAUUUAGAACAGAACAGUGCUUGGAUGUUCAACCUUAUACGUUUGCCAAGACUAUACAUAAAAUCGUUGUCCCGUUAACCCCUCUCAUGGAGGGUUUCAAAGAAAAGCUAACUAACAUUUUGGAUAUUUGUUCUCGGCGUUUGGUAGAGCAAAAAGUACUUUUUAAAACGGGUGACAGCAUCGAAAAUAUGAGUAAAUUUAGCUUGAUCCAGGCCAGGGCUAGAUUUCGAUCAAGCAACAAUCAAAAAAAUAAAUUUAUAGGUGGAUUGAUAGAAAGAGAUUUUGCCGUUUGUAUCACACUUAUCCACUCAUUGGAACUAAUCACGUUUUAUGGUUUGAGGUGUCUACACACCUUUAUCAAAAACUCAUUGAACAUGGAGCAAACCAAACCUCAAGUCCAAUUAUGCCUCGAGGAAUCAUCAUCUUCGCUUACGAAUAACUCACGUAUCCUUACAUAUUCAGACGAAUCAAACGAGCCCCAAAAGUCAUCUCACGCGAAACCCGAAAAUUCUACGAAUAAAAAUAAUAAAAAGGGUUGUAAUGCGACCAAAAGCGUACUAACCAAGAUUCCCCAAUUUCAAGUCAUGUAUGCCGAACUUGACGAUUUUAUCGACAGGACUAAAAAACGCAAAAAAUGUCGGGGUCUAAAUGUGGUUGAUCAUACCGGAAAAAAAGAUGAUGGCGAUGAUGAUGAUCGGAUCGAAACGGAAACCGAACCUUAUUUAGAGAGUCAUCCCAAAUUGGGUAAGCUUAAGGAACUGGUGGAGAAACAUUUCGCCAAACAUGCCCAGGGAUCUACGAGAGGAGGCUCAACCUCAAGCAACGUAAUUAUAUUCUCUCAAUACAGGGAAAGCGUUAUCGAGAUAAGCCAAGCCUUGAGUAGAUCCCUAUAUCCUCUAGUCAAGGUGGGGACAUUUCUGGGGCAUUUAUCGGUGAAAAAAUGCAAAACGGUUACUCAAAAGGAUCAACUUAAGGUUUUAGCUAAAUUCCGAUCGGGUCAAUACAAUACUCUGGUAUCGACUUGCGUUGGGGAAGAGGGCUUAGACAUAGGAUCGGUUGAUUGUAUAUUCUGUUUCGAUUCUGUUAAAAGUCCCGUCAGGUAUUUGCAAAGGAUUGGUAGGACCGCCAGAAUGAGAGCUGGCGACGUUUACGUAUUUUUGACAAAGGGAAAGGAGGAAAAGAUAUACAACCAAAGUUUGAGCAACAAGAAAAGCGUAUUCAAAGCGCUCGAACAGCAAAUUCUGCAACGUUUCAAAGACAAAAACAAUUAUAACCAUAAAAAUCAUCGCAGUAACCCCAAAAUUUUACCGCCCGGAGUCAAUCCCAAACCUUGCUUAAUGUACAUAGGAGAGCUAGCGGUCUCUUUGCCACUCGAUAAAGGCCCACCCGCAAAUGAUAAGCAAAAGUCAACCCCGAGUAAAAGUCGUAAAAAUUGCGGCAAGGAAAAUAGCAGCUUAGAUAGGUACCCGGAGAAAAAGGAAGACUCCCAUGAAAUAGAAUCGAAUAACGCGCUCGUCCAACUUUAUGAUCGCGGUGAUGAUAUAUUCAUUGGCCUACCAUUAAGAUAUAUAAAGAAAUUUAAAUGA